CAAGCACCCCCCGGACUCCAUACAAUGGAGCAACGGCAGACAAGCUAAACCCUCUCUCUUUGCAGUCCCCUCUACAAAAACGCGCUCAAUAUCACCAAAACCCUAACAACAAAAACUCACUCCUUUUCUCUCUACCUUCACUUUCACAACAAUGGCAACUCCUUCUUUGGACGAAGAAACAGCCAAGGAAGUCCUUAGACAGGUUGAGUAUUACUUCAGUGACAGCAACAUCCCUCGUGAUAAUUUUUUGAGAAACAUAAUCGAGUCCAGUGAAGAUGGCUUGGUGAGUUUGGCUUUGAUUUGUUCGUUUAAGAAGAUGAAAGGUCACUUGAAGUUAAUGGACGUGAAGCCUGAAGAAAUCCCAGAAGUUACUGUUCAGGCUGUGGCAGAAACGUUGAGAAAAUCCACUUCUCUUAAAGUUUCUGAAGAUGGGAAGAAAGUAGGCAGGAUUGCUGGGAUAUUGAAGCCAGAUGAGGCUAUAGAACAACUAGAUGUAAGAACAAUUGCUGCGUCUCCAUUAAAAUAUAAUGUGAAGCGAGAAGAGCUGGAGUUGUUUUUUGGUCAACAUGCGAAGGUUACAAGUGUAAGGAUGCCUCGUCAUGUCGGUGACAAAAGGGUAUUUUGUGGUACUGCUUUGAUUGAGUUCUCAUUGGAGGAAGAGGCCGAAAAGAUUUUAAAGCAAAACUUGGUUUUUGAAGGUGCAGAGCUAGAAUUAAAACCAAAGAGAGAAUUUGAUACAGAAAGAGUGCAAGAAGAGGAAUUUGAAAAUUCCCAUCCCUCAACAGGCUCCAAUAAUAAGAAUAGUUCGAAUGGAGAGGCAAACUAUCCAAAGGGCUUGAUUAUUGCAUUUGCUUUAAAGAAUAAAUUAGCUGGAGGUUCCGCAGAACAAAAUGGUACUCAGGAACCUGCCAAUGAUGAUGCAAAUUCCUGUGAUGGAGGAUCGAAUUCAUCAGAGAAUAUGACCAAAGAAAAUGAACAGAAGGUGCCAGAAAACAUCAAGACUGAUGAAGAAAACAAUGGAGAAGAGGUUGAUGGGGACAAUGGCUCUGAAAGUACAGUAAUAAAAACUGAAGAGGAGAAAUCAUCUGAAGAUCCCAAUGAAAAGGAGGAAGUGAAGGAGAAACCUAACCCAGCUGCCUCGAAGGAUGACAAAAAUGUUGUUUUGCGUGAAGAUCUGAAGGCUGUCUUUGAAAGAUUCGGCAUUGUGAAGUAUGUUGAUUUCAAGAUGGGAGAUGAAUCAGGAUACAUUCGAUUUGAAGAAGCAGAAGCAGCUCAGAAAGCUCGAGCAGCUGCAGUACUAGCUAAAGAAGAGGGUCUGGUUGUGAAGAAUUUCAUUGCCACUUUAGAACCUGUGACUGGUGAGGCAGAAAAGGAAUACUGGAACCAAUUCCGUGGACACAAAGAAAGGCGUUUUGAAAAUAAGGGCAACCGAGGAAGGGGUGGGAGAUACCACAAGGGUGGUGGCAAGCAUCCCCGCUCUAGAGAGAACGAUUCUGGGAGACCAAAUAAAGCUCAGAAAGUUGGAGCAUCAUGAGAGGCAACCAUGCCUAUAACAAGUUUUGUGACAGUUUUGUACGACACCUUGAUAGUUAUUAUAUGAUGAAAGCCUGUGCUUCCUGAUCUCCCUGUGUCUUUUUUGCUUUGAUGAAGAUACAAUAAGGUGUUUUUAUUUGUAUUUUUGGUUAACUCUUGAAAUAUUAUAUAGUUGGAAAUGAUCCAGGAAAUGAAUUAAGAGUUUGAUGGUUGAUCUCUACUUCUGCAGCCAUUUU